CAGACCAGUUUUCAGUCGCCUUUCUGCUGUAAGACCACGUGCAGGAAGUUUAAGUCGUUGCUCUGUCAUAGACCGCAGUAUCACGAUCUCUACUCGCGGACACCUUAUAAUAAUUAUCACGCUCAACAUUUUUUUUUUCUUAUUUUCAUUUCAAAUUUAUUUAUUACUUUUAUUAUUAUUUACCGUCGAGUAUACCGACAAUUUCUAAUUCAAUUUAUCAAGUUAUUUCAUUUUGUUUAUUUGAAUUAUAAUCAAUAUGGCUUUUACUCCGCUUUUAACAUUUUUGCACAAAAACGGCUACCGUGGACACCAAUCAUGUCUGUCAAAAAUUUGCAAUUAAUGAAGUGGAGUUUUCCAGCACUCGCUCUUAUCAUUGGGUUUUUUUGGUACAAACGUCGAGGAGUAGAUCGAGUUGACCCCGGUGGGAUAUCCAAGUCGGAUAAAAAAUCAUUAACAACAACAACAACAACAUCAACAGCUAAAGAAUCAAACGGUGAAAUAAAUACACCGAAAAAUAAUAACUUAAGUUUAUACGACUCGGGAAUUCACGUUGAAGACUCAUUCAGUUCAAUAAACACAUUAAGUCAAGUAUCAUUAAAAGAAUCAGUCGUUAUUUGCAGUCCGCGCAAAGUAAGUGAAAGCUUAGAUAUACCAAUGAAGAAAUCAGAUUCUAUGUCAAUGUCAAUGUCAAUGAGAUCAAGAAAAUCGUCGGGUAAUAGCUUACCUUGGUAUGAAGACGUCGAGGAUUUGCCUGAAAUGAAGGGAAUAGUAUUGGGCAGUAAUCCAAAAUCAUCAAAUUUUGACUUGAUGAUUCGUAAAAAACCUCCAGUUAUUCUUGAAAAUAUCGAGGACAACAAUAACACAAGCUCUGAAGUAAUUUCAGAGCAAGUUAUUGUCAGUAAAGUAACAUCAGUUGUUGAGCAGGAACAAGUUGAGAAUAAGAUCUUAGAGAAAGAGGGUAAAAUUGAAGUAGAAGUUGAAGAAUUAGAGCAAACCGUUGUUGCAACUCCUCAAAUGAGAUCACGUUCAAUUAGCAUUGAAACUUGUGAUAAAACAAACGACACUGUUUCCACAACUGAUGAGGGUAAAACAGGGCAAGCUUUAUCUGAAAGAGAUUCGGCAAAUCAUAGUCCUGUUUCUGGUGUAUUGGACGGCAGUGUAAAUGAUGAUAUCAGAAGUGAAGGCAGUACAGACAGUGGAAAAGGUGGAAGUAUUAAUGGAAAAGUAUCAAAAACUAAUGACAAAAUAUUUUAUGAAUUUAUAAUCCCUGAAAAAUACGUUGGAAAACUUAUCGGAAGACAGGGAUAUUCAAUAAAAAAUCUCAAUGACCAGGCAAAUGUUAACAUUGCCAUUGAUUUUCAUCCAACAGAAGAAGACAUGAGAUUAUGUAUAAUUGAAGGACUAUCAGAAAAUAUUACGAGAGCAUUAGACUUAAUUAGACAAAAGUUUCCUAAAAAAACCUACUCAGACUUAUCAUUUGAACAAGUUAACAUAACGACAUCACCCGAAGAAAUAACAUGGGUGCCAGAAUUAAUGCAACUCCAGUUAGUUGAGGGUCUCAAUAAUGAUGUAUUGGUGUGUCAUAUUUUACAACCAAAUCGUUUAUUCAUACAAUUACCCACACAUCCUACGUAUCCCACAUUGAGGCUAUUAGAUUAUAACAUGACACAAUUCUAUAGCACUGUCGAAUCACCUCAUGUGCCAGACCAACUUACCCGCGGUAUGAUUGUCGUUGCCCACUGGUACGAAAAAUGGGUUAGAGCUUUUGUUGAAGAACCAGAUGCAGAAGGUUUAAAACAUGUAGUGCGCUUAGUUGACCAUGGCGGUUUCUGGGAAUUUAGCAGUUCUGAAAUGCGUCAAAUAACAUCGGAAUUUCUGACACUGCCUUUCCAAACUUUAGAAGUUAAUAUAGCUCAUGUAAAACCUGUAGCCGGCGAAUGGUCGAAAGAUGCGUAUGACGUAGUAGCUCAUCUUUGUAGUAAUUGUAUUAGUCAAGCACAGAUCGAAGGAUAUCUUGAUACAGAAGUUUUCAUCAGUUUAUAUAUCACAUUACCUAAAUAUGGGGUGAUAUCCCUUGCUGAUGAAUUAAUAGCACGUGGAUACGCGGAGUCUGUAAGUUUUGAAGAUUUAGUAACAGAGCAAUGAACGCCGUUGGUAGCAUAAUCUGUGUGAUUUUUAAAAUAGACUCCGUACCUGCGUAAGUCAGAUAGAUUUAUUAUUAUUGAUAAUGAUAAAUAAUUAUAAAUGUGUGAUUAAAAGCGUAAAUGUAUGAAUGAUUUAUAUAUUUAAAUGGCAAUAAGUUUAUCGUUUCGUUUUAACAACUUUUCAUAUUCAUACUAUUCAUUAUAUUCAAAUCAGUAACUUUAAAAUAUUAAAUAUAAAGUUAAAACUUUAAAAAUAUCUCAUUCAAUUUACUACAAUCAUUCGUUUAAAAUUUAUAUUUAUUUUUUUUUAUGACAUUUAUUAUUAAUAAUGCAUGUUUAUUUUUUUUUUUUUCCACUGUAUUUUAUCGGCGUACUUUGAAAGUCGAUUAUAUAUAAGAUUUGAAAUUAAUGUUUCGACUUUAUUAAGACAAUGUCUUAUAAAUCUUCAAUCACUUGAAGUAUUUAAUUGCAGCGCGUCUUAUAAACUAAAAAUGAUAAUUAGUUUGAGUGUUUAGGAACAAUAAUUGAUAAUCGAUAAUGAUAAAUAUAAAAAAAAAAACAAUAAUUUUUUCCGAAUAGAUUGAGUUGAUUGUGGAUGUUUUUUAUGAGCCAUAAUUAUUUCUUUUCGCAUAAUGACGAUAGUUUUCUGCAUUUAUUAUUCUUACUUAAGAAUAAGAAAAAAAAAUAAUUAACGAGUGAAAUUUUUUCUGGAUUUGAAUUCCCUUAAAACUAAUAAUUUAAUUACAAGAUAGAGUUUUGCUUUUUACGAGACUUUAAGGCUUAGUUUGGUCGUCAUACAUCUUCCUGUAAAUAUUGUAUCAUUAUAUAUCCGCUUAUUAAAUAUUUAUACUUUAUUAUAUAUACCGAUUAAGCGUAUUGAUUAAUGGAAUAAAAAAUAUGAAAACAAAAAAAAGUUGAGUAUGAUGGUAAUAAUGAUGGUGAGGAUAAUGAUGAGUUUAAUCGUAGAAGUUGAUGAAACUUGAGGGUAUUCUCAGCCAGUGCCGACUUUUUGAAAAUAUUAAAUUACUUUCAACUGUGACUCUGAAGUCAGCCGACAUCUAAUAAUUUUUCUAAUAAAUCAGUUGCAGAAAAAAAAACUAAAAAUAUGCACAUGUAGAAAAUUUUAAAAACUAAAGGAGCAAUUUUUAAAAAUAUUUGUUUUUUUGAAUUUAUCAUUUUUUUAAAAAUACACAAAUUAUUGGACGUCGGCUAAUUUCAGUAUCAUUUUCAACUGCCAUAAGCGUAUUGAAAUUUUGUUAACUAAUUAAAAAAAAAUUGAAACCUUAAUUGAAAAAACGACAAUUUCCCCGAGAUAUAGAAUUUUUUUAAAAUUACUUGCAGUUUUUAUCAAUUAGGAGUUAAACAAAAUUUGUUGAACAAAUUUCAGCUUAAAAAAUUUGAAAAUCUAAUUAUAAAGUUGACAUGAAAAUUUUACUUAAAUUUAUUUUCCAAAUUUCGUUAAACUCCAAAUUGAUAUCAAUUGUAAUUUUUUUUUAAUCCUACAUCUCGGCGAAAUUGCGAGUUGUCCUUUUUUCCAUUAAGGUUUUAAGUUUUUUUAUAAUGCAUUGAUGAAAUUUUAAACGAGUGUGAAUGUAGCAGACAUGAGACAAUUUAUAAUUUUGAAAUAAAUAUAUGAGUUAAUUUAAAAAAUGCGCGUACGGAUUUUUCAUUUGUCCAAAUACGCAUUUUUUAAUUUUUACUCUAAUUACAUUUUAUUUAUACAUUCUAAUAUUUAAAAAAUUGCCAUUUGUCAGAUACAUUCACACUCAUAAUUUUAAUACGUUUGACACUUGAAAGUCAUUGAAAAUUUUUAAAAAGUGGGGGCACUGUAAUGACCUCAAGUGUAACGCGUUUUGUUUAUUAUUGUAUUUAAAUAUCGCGAGUCAUAGAAAAAAAUGAAUUUUUUUUCUAUAUUUUUGUUUAAAGGAAUAUAAUUUGCGGCGAUAAAAUAUAAUAUAAAAUAUAUGUAAUAACAAUAAUAUUACAUACUGAGCGUCAACGACUCUCUACAUAUAAUUAAAAUAUAAUAAAAAUAAAUCACGAUAGCUGGGAGAUGAAGUUUUCAUGACGAUAAAAAUAAAGAUAAUUAAUAAUUACAAUAAUAAUAAUAAUAAUAAUAACAAUAAUACUUACAAUUAUAAUGAUAACAAAAGAAAUAAGUAUCAUAGAAUAGUGUAAUUAAUAUUACAGAGAAAAAAAAAACAUAGAAAAUGAAAGAAAAAUAUUUUACAAUGCCUCAAGUUAUUAAAAAAUGUUUAUAUAAUUGUUAUUCGAUAUUUUUUCAUAUAAUUUUCAUACGUAAUUUUUGAUAUAUAUCUAUCUAAUAAUAAUAUUGGUAAUAAUUAUUAUUAUCUCGUUAAUAAUAUUCGAGAUAUAAUUUAAAUUUUUGAUAACAAAAUAUAAAUAAUUAUAGAGAAAAGAAAAUUCAUUGAUUGAAGCAACUUAA